AUGUACAAUGAAAAUGUUAAAGAGAAAAAUGCCGCAUAUUCUCCCGAAAAUCGCGUUAAUUUCUCCAAUUUAACAGGGGAUGAACUAUUAGAUAAAAGAAUUGAAUACUUGUGGAAUUUGGCAUUGUCAAGUGUUUAUGAAAAUGCAAAAUUAUCAAUGAAAUAUGUUAGUUUAAUUAAAAAAAUUGCAAAAAACACGUUGGAUUUUGAUAAUAUAUGUUGCCAUCACUGCAAUUUAAUAUAUAUUCCAUUUUACAAUUGUGAAAUGAAACAGACGGGGAAUAAAAACACAGUACUAUAUCAAUGCCGACUUUGUAACAGAAAAAAAAAAAUAAAUAUAUUAAAUUUUCCUAAAAAUGAUAAAAAUAGUUUAAGCGGAUUUGCAGCACAAUCGAAAAAACACUCAACUCCCCAGGACAAAAUCGGAUUUUUCUUAAUCAAUGAAAUUGACGAAAAUGUAAUAAAACCCAAAACAAAUUCAACUAUUUCGAAUGCCAAAGAUCAAGAAAGUGAAGAUAAUACUAUCGUAAAUUUAACCGUAAAUGAAGACGAUAAACAUUUAAAUAAUGAAAUAAUUGAUAACAAAAUUAUAGAACAUAAUCAUACAGAAAUAACUAAAGAUGAUAAUACUGAUAUUAUUAUUUCAAAUGAUUGCAAAUCUAAUGAUACUAAAAAUGAAAACUUAAAUAACCAAGAUACUGCUUAUGAUGACAUUAGCAAUUUAUUUACAAUUGAUUAUGGAGGAAAGAAUGUCUCACGCGAAAAAGGUAACACAUUUUUCCCAAAGAAACAUAAAAGGGAUGAAAAGGUAUCGAACAACAUCCAAAUUAAUAAUACCUUUAAAAAUGUGAAUAAAUUAGAGGGAAAUAAUGACUCUACAAAUAAAAUGCAAAAAAAUAUACAGCAUGCUAGUAAUAACAACAAUCAUAAUAUUAGCAAACCUAAUGAACCAUAUAACAUUAAAAAAAAAAAUAAUUCGAAGAAUUUUAAUAGUCCAAAUAAAUCUAAUAAAAACCCAAACACUCCUAAUAAUGCUAUAAAUGAUAAUCCAUUAAAUUUUAAUAAGCCCAAAAAAAAAAGAAAAUCUAUUUUAGACAUACUAUAA